AUGGCGGUGGUGGAGGCGGCUGAGGCAUUGAUGAGCGGGCACGGGGAGCCGGAGGAGCAGCGGGAGCAGCGGGUGUCGCGGGAGGCAGAGGACGUGUUUGAGUUUCUCGGUUCUUUGCCGCAGGGGAAGGCAGAGCAGGGGAGGGAACAGGAGAAAGGUGAGGGAGAUGGCGAUGUCUUUGAGUUCUUGGAGGAGUUGGAGAAGUCGAACUUGUCUGUUGGGGGUAAGCGGGGGGGAGAAGCAGGCGGGGAGAAGCAAGUGACAGAGAAAGGUACGGGAAAACAGAGGUUGUUGAGGAGGUGGAAGGGCAAGACGCAGAGGUCGUUGAACAAGAACAAGGGUGCAGAGGCCGCUGGAGAGCAAGAAGGCGAGCAGAGUCCGGCUGCGCCAGACUCUGCUUCGCCUGCGGGCGCCUUUUCCCUGAGCAACUGGUGGUCCGCGAGCGGAUCCGCCACGGUCUCGCAACUCUGGAACCGUACCACGGAACAGGCCACCACGCUCACGAACAAGAUCGCACAGGAACAUCUCCACGACCUGCAAGGGUCACUGCCGAUCAAACUCGACGGGUCGACGAUCUCCGAGUUGGCCAGAAACCUCCAGAAGAUCGUCGUUGGUGAGACAGAGGAAGUGCUCCGUAUACACCUCGUGCACGAUUUCGUCAACGUCAAAUACUUGCAACGGCACGUCGAGCAGAAGUUCGACCAAGUGCUCUCGUCACAGGUCCAAGGCGGUGUGCGCAUCUUCGUAGACGAAUGGGGGAGACCGGGACACAGAGACGCAGAGGACGAGGAUUCCGAGGAGGAACAAGAACGCCAAGAUGAGUCCCACAGCGCCAGCUUCAAUGUGUUCUACGGGAAGGUCGCCGAUGGCGAGAAACUCGCCUUUGCAAACCUCGACAACGCAGUCAAACUGUUCAGCAAAGCACACGACGAAAUGCUCAGACAACAAAGGGAGUCCACCGAUGGGGGAUCCGCCCCUGCACAGACACCAGACAGUAUCAGCGACGUGUUCGUCUCUCUGCUGGCCAUUGCACCCCCAGAGAGAACAGACGCAGAGAACGAACCGGUCAAGACGACAGAUGCAGCGGUGGGUGGGAACUUCUCCUUCACGGUCGUCCUCAGAGACGUCUCGAACGACAUAACGACAGUGACUCGGUCGCAGGGGUUCCCUCUGCAGUGGCUCUCCUGGCUCGAGGGUUCAGCAUUACCAAUGCAGACAGGCGAAGACCCGACCCCAGGCGCUGACGCCGACGACGACCUCGACCCGCGCGAGUGGGUGCAGGGAUGGGCCGAGGACGGCCUGGCACUCGCCUUGGGCGUCGCCGCACAGAACUAUGUCAUCAACCGCAUGGGGUUCUGA